AUGCGGACCGCGCAGUGGCCGUGUGCCUGUCCACUCUUGGUGUCGGCAUUUGUCGCCGCCCAAGGCACCAGCAAUAAGGACGACAGCCGUGACUGCUUCUUCCCCAACGGCAUCCAGUCCAGCGGCAGCCCGUGCUUCCCCAGUCAAGCCGUUUCUCCAUGCUGCGGUCCGGGCUUCGUGUGCCUUUCCAACGGUCUUUGUCAACCGGGACCAGACACCCGCCGCUCCUAUCAGUACACCGUCUACCGCUCGUCCUGCACCGACCGGACAUGGAACUCAACCUCGUGUCCGCAAAUAUGCCUGGGACCUUCCGAUAGACUGGAUGCCGGCCAAGGCCUGGCGACGUGCGGUACGGGCGGCUCCUACUGUUGUGGUAGGGGAUACGAUUGCUGCAGCAAUGCCACCGACAUCUUCCCUUACGAAACUGCCGAGGUCGUCACCACCAUACCAUACAGCAGCUCCUCCGCCACAUCGGCCACGUCGUCUGUGAGUGCCACGGUAUCACGGUCUUCAUCCCAAGCCUCCCCAAGCAAUGCUGUUGCGAUUGGUGUGGGCGUGGGUGUGGGCGUAGGAGGCUUCGCCCUUUUGCUCGCAAGCAUCAUAGCCUUCUUCCUCUUCCGCCGCCGCAGGGGAGAACGUGGACAGCAGCAGCAUGGCAGCUCCAGACCAAGCAACGACGAGGAAGGGAACCGGCCUCGUGGCUCUGAGCUGCCAACACGAGAGAUGAAGGACGGCAGAGACGUCAACAGCAGUGCAACUUCGCCGCCGCCAAUGUACCAAUUUGAUGCGCAUCCGCGUAGUCCUUUCAAUGUUUCGGGCGGCGAAAUGGUGCCAGGCGCACCCUUGAAUCCGGCUGAGUUCCCCUCUGGGCCAGAGCGGGAGAGAUAUGAAAUGGAAGGGGACCCGCAUGGGGAUGAGCAAGCGAUGGCGGUGCACAGCGACGGGCAAAAACAUGAGUUGGCAGGCUGA